AGCCACGACAAGACCAACGAAUGGCAUGGCGACUCCCAUCCUUACGAUGCCCAUCCUGCUCAGUCCCACAGACCUCAACGCCAACCCCAAACUCACCAACCACAUCGCCGUCCUCGCCAAUGCAGCGUUCACGCGCUCGCAAGAGGCCGACCCGGAGAAAUGGUAUCUGCCGUCCAUCCGCUUUCCCGAUACGCAGUCGCUGCUUGAUAUGCUGGGGCCGCGGGGUGUCAUGGCUGUGAUGUUGGACGAGGCGCACGUAGAGGGCGAGGAAGUGCCUUUUGUGGAAGCGGUGGAUGGGGAUGGGCAGGUGAGGAAGGGGAGGCUGGUAGCUUGCGCAGCGGCGGUGCCGUGGAGAGGGGGAUGGAGCAAGGAGGGCGCGCAGACGGAGAAAGGGUGGGAGAUUAAGGCUGUUUGCGUGGAUGGGGAUGCGCGGUUUUUGAAGAGGGGGUUGGCGGUCAAGCUGCUCGGUUCUCUGGAAGAGUGUUUGGUUGGGAAAGAGCGCGAGGCUCUCCGGCAGAGUGCUCUGGAUGGAGCGAGUUGUGGAAGCGGGGAUGGGAGGCGGAAGGGGGUGUUGAGCUUGUGGAUCCUGGCUGCGGAGUGUAUUAAUGGGGCGUAUUGGCGGAAGAGAGGGUAUGAGGCAGUGAGGAAGAGCGUGCAUUCAGGGAUUUGGAGCUGCAAGACUAGCUUUGAGAUGGUGGUGUUGAGGCGGGAUGUAGAGUUUGAGAUGUAAGGGGGAAGGAGCAUCAUGCUUACCUGGCCCCAUGCUGGCCCUCUAGGGGCUUUACGCAGUAUGAUCUCAAAAU